AUGCCCUACAUACACGUCGUCGCCUUCACCUAUCGCUCCGACGUGACAGACUCAGACAAGGCUGAGCUGGUAAAGAGCCUCAGGGCGCUCGAGACGGAAUGUGUGAAUGAGCAAGGAAAGCCGUAUAUCCGCGACUUUAAGCUGGGAGAGGCCAAUAUCAGUCCAGAGGGAGCUGGUAAGGGGUUCGAGCACCUCUUCAUUGUCACCUUUGAUUCGAAAAAGGAUGUCCAGUACUAUUUAGAAAAGGACCCAGUCCACGUCGCAUUCGGAGAACGGGCCAAGGCAAUGCUGUCAGACUGCUUCAUAUACGACUUUGAGCAAUAGAUUAUAAAGCGCGGAUCAAACCAGAACGAAGGGUGUGACGAUCUCAUUUUAAUUGCAGAUUACACUGAUAUACCCAUGCAGCAACAGUGGCGUAGUAUUGCGCGUUGCAAUUAGGUCAAUGUGUAGCCGCCGUCGACGAGAAUGUCGGACCCAGUGGUGAAGGUAGAGGCGUCCGAGGCAAGGUACAGGAAGAUCCCCUUGAGCUCCUUUGUGUCACCCUGGGAAAGAGUCGAAAGUAUAGAGCAGCCGAGGUCAGCACCUCGAUGCAUUCAAAUGCCCUGUGUUGACUUCUCUGACUCACCUGCCUGGCAAGAACGGCCUUCC